AUGUCACAUCGUAAAUUUGAAAGACCACGUCAUGGUUCAUUAGGUUUCUUGCCAAGAAAAAGAUGUAAAAGAUUAAGAGGAAAAAUAAGAUCAUUUCCAAAAGAUGACAAAGAAAAACCACCUCAUUUUACAGCAUUUAUGGGAUAUAAAGCAGGAAUGACUCAUAUAGUAAGAGAAGUAGAUAAACCUGGAUCAAAAUUGCACAAAAAAGAAAUUGUUGAAGCAUGUACUAUUAUUGAAUGCGCACCAAUGGUUGUUGUUGGAAUAGUUGGAUAUAGAGAAACACCAAAAGGUUUAAGAAUUUUAAGUACUGUAUGGGCUAAUCACGUAUCUGAUGAAUUCAGAAGAAGAUAUUAUAAAAAUUGGUAUAAAUCAGAAAAAAAAGCCUUUACAAAAUCUUUAAAUGUUCCAGAAUCAACAAAAGAAUGUUUAUUAAAAAGAAUAGAAAAAUACUGCACUGUUUUAAGAGCUAUCUGUCACACACAACCUUCAAAAACUCCAUUAAGAAUGAAAAAAGCACAUAUUAUGGAAAUACAAAUAAAUGGAGGUACUAUGAAGGAAAAAAUAGAAUUUGUAAAGGAAUUACUUGAAAAAAAUUUACCUGUAUCGACAGUUUUUAAUGAAAAUGAAAUGAUUGAUGUUAUCAGUGUCACAAAAGGACACGGAACAAAAGGUGUUGUUAGUAGAUAUGGAGUUAAAAGAUUACCAAGAAAAACACACAGAGGAUUAAGAAAGGUAGCUUGUAUUGGUGCAUGGCAUCCAGCAAGAGUUCAAUUCCAAAUUCCAAGGCAUGGACAAAAAGGUUAUUUUCAUAGAACAGAAAGAAAUAAAAAAAUUUACAGAAUAGGUUUAAAAAAAGAUAAAAAUAAUGCAUCAACUGAUGCUGAUAUAACCGAAAAGAAAAUCACACCAAUGGGAGGAUUUCCUCAUUAUGGUGUUGUAAAUGAAGAUUUUAUUUUAUUAAAAGGUUGUGUAGCUGGAACAAAAAAAAGACCUAUCACGUUAAGAAAAACUUUAUUACCUCAAGUUUCAAGAGAAGCUCUAUCACAAGUAGCAUUGAAAUUUAUUGAUACUUCAUCCAAAAUUGGUCAUGGAAGAUUCCAGACAAGUGAAGAAAAAACUAAAUAUUAUGGCCCUUUAAAAAAAGAUAUAAAGGCUUAA